UUUGACCUUCCUCAGCCACCGUAGGCUACGUCAGAAGUAAAUACUGACUGCUAGCCUACAGCUAGCUACCUGUGAAAACAACAUGGCUUUCACUUUGUACUCUCUUAUUCAAGCAGCAAUUCUGUGCGUCAAUGCUGUCGCUGUAUUACACGAAGAAAGAUUUCUGAGUAAAAUUGGCUGGGGAGUAGACCAAACUGUCGGAGGUUUUGGUGAUGAGCCAGGCAUCAAAGUGCAGCUAAUGAACCUUGUCCGCUCUGUGAGGACAGUGAUGAGAGUGCCGUUAAUCGCGGUGAACGCAGUCUGUAUAGUGCUGCUGCUUCUGUUUGGAUGAAGAGUGAGUGAGUGAAGAUGGGACAAGCCAGACUGCUGUCAGGAGAUCAUCUCAGGAACUCUUCUGCAGAAACAUUUGAUCACUUUGGCUCACAGGACAUCUCCUGUCCGCCUGAAUAUGAAUGUUAUCAUUUAAUAUGCCACAUCAAUAAUUUGUUAGGGCUGUUUUAUACAGCUCAGUGAUUUACAAUAAGUACAUGCAGCUAGAAUGCAUCCUAUUAGUUUGAAUAGUACAAUAAAAUGCCGAAUAGUUAACACUUAAUUUGCAGAGUGGAAAAUGUUGUGAUUUAUACACUGAAAACACGUAAAUUAGUAAGUCUUGUAUACGUGGUAUGGCUGUUGAAAUAAUAAUAAAUUGUUGUUUUUU